AUGGAGAAGGUGCAUAAGCUCAAGUUUGGGUUCGCAGCCAAGAGAGUCGUAGAGCAAGAUGAGGGUAUCACAACCUUUUUCGAAAAUCUCCGUCCAUUUAGACUUGUCACAAUCAAAUACCCAUACCACGGCAAACUUGUCAGAAGAAAGCCAGACCUCCGACUCGACCUUUUCAAUAGGUCUCAACUCCAACCUGCGCUGGUGGUUGAGACGUCCUACGCACAACCCGAGGAGGACAUGAAGGCCAAGCUCAAGGAGUACAUCGACUGCACCAACGGAGAGAUCUUGACAGCUGUGGGCUGCAAUCUCGACUAUCCGGCUGCACAGGGGAUUCGCGUCACCGUUCUUCGAGCCCAAUUCAACGACGGCGGUAUCUACACUGGUGCGAGCGAGGAAACUCUGGAAAUCCGUACUGCAGAAGGCUCCGUGGGCCCGGUCUCUGAAGCACUGAACCUAUCCCUCUACGACCUCGGUCUCCCUUUCCCCAAAACUAACACCGAUCUCCUACAAGAACCUCGUCUCCUCGUCUCUACGAACGAACUCUGUCACUGGGUAGAUCGAGCGGUCGAGCGCGAGGAAGCUGCGGAUGCUGCAGCGGCUGCAUCGUUGACUCUAGGCAAUAAGUGA